AGCGUCCGCCGGAAGUUUGGAGGAAGGGAGUUAUGGCUGACGAAACGAUAAAAACGGAUGUGCAGCUGUCUAUGGCCACAGACCUCAAGAAACCCCGUUCCAAGAAAGCUCCUGAACUUCCCAUUUUGGAGAGACGAAACUGGCUUAUACAUCUGCAUUACAUCCACAAAGAUUAUGAGACCUGCAAGGCAAUCAUUAAAGAGCAACUGCAUGAAACUCAAGGCAUGUGUGAAUAUGCUGUUUAUGUGCAAGCUCUGAUCAUGCGGUUAGAAGGGAAGAUCCAACAGUCUUUGGAGUUGUUUCAGAGUUGUGCGAUUCUCAAUCCCAAGAGCUCAGACAACCUCAAGCAAGUGGCGCGGUCCCUUUUUCUUCUAGGGAAACACAAAGCUGCUAUUGAGGUUUAUAAUGAAGCCGCACGUCUCAAUCAGAAGGACUGGGAAAUCAGCCAUAAUCUCGGUGUUUGCUACAUCUACACCAAAGACUUCAAGAGUGCAGAAGACCAGUUGAAUUUGGCACUAAAGCUGAAUAAACAUGAUUUGACCUUCAUGAUGCUGGGAAAAAUGCACUUACUGCAGGGCGACACAGAGAAAGCCAUCGAAGUCUACAAGAGUGCCGUCGAAUUUUCCCCUGAGAACACAGAGCUGUUGACUACACUCGGCCUGCUCUAUAUGCAGCUCGGCAAAUAUCAAAAAGCCUUUGAACACCUCGGAAACGCUCUGACAUAUGACCCUAAUAACUUUAAGGCUAUCCUCGCGGCCGGCAGCAUGAUGCAGACUCACGGAGAUUAUGACGUGGCCAUGAAUAAAUAUCGCGUGGCAGCGUACGGCGUCCCUGAAAGCCCCCCGCUCUGGAAUAACAUCGGAAUGUGCUUCUUCGGCAAAAAGAAAUACGUGGCUGCCAUCAGCUGUCUGAAGCGUGCAAACUAUCUCUCUCCGUUCGACUGGAAGAUUCUUUAUAAUCUGGGUUUGGUUCAUCUGACCAUGCAGCAGUAUGCAUCGGCUUUUCACUUCCUGAGCGCUGCCAUCAACUUGCGCCCACGCAUGAGCGAGCUGUACAUGCUACUGGCAGUUGCCCUGACUAACCUGGAUGACGCAGAUAACGCCUGUAGGUCUUACGAGCAGGCGGUACAGCUAGACAAGUUAAUAAACCCACUAGUGAAUCUGAACUUUGCAGUGUUCCUGUAUAAUCAGGGUGAUAAAAAAGCCGCCCUUCUCCAGUACCUGGAGAUGGAGAGGAAAGUCAUCGCCCAGGUCGACAACAACAGCAACACCGAGUUUGACCCAGAGCUGAUUGAAAUGGCGCAGAAGAUGGGUGCCGCUUUGCAGGCAGGUGAGAAUCUGUACUGGAGUAAACCAGGCAAGGAUGGCAAGAGCAGCCAGCGGUCAUCCUCCAGCAAACCCAGCAGCUCUCAGCAGCCUCUUGGUACCAAUCAGGCCCUAGGCCAGGCCAUGUCUUCAGCUGCAGGAUACAACAAGGGCAUGCAGAUAACCGCAGGAUAUGAGGUGGACAGCACCCUCUCUGCCCCCACAGACGCUCCUGGAGAUGAGGACGAGGUAGAGGUGGCCGAACCGGCCAAACCAAAAGCAGCGGUUGAAUAGAUUUUGGUUGACCUGCAAUGGGCUCAAAAUAGAUUUAGAUCCAAAGCUUAAAAGGUUUAUGUUUAAGUAUGUUUAAGUUUUAUAACUUGUGAAUGUACAGCAUUUGUAUGUUUGUAGGAAAUGUUUGUCAGGCUCGUUUUGUGUCCUAUUUCGGAUCUUUAGUUAUUGGAAUGUUACAUUACAUUAAUGUAGUAGGUUAAUUUGUGUCUGCCCACCUUUCGAAAGGAUGUUUUGCUUAAAAGUAUGGGCUUGCUUUUGCAUAACAUUUGUCCAAUAAAA